AUGUCGGCCAUUUACAACCUUGAGCCGCAACCGACGGCGUCCGUCAUCCUUCACACCACCCUAGGUGACGUCUCCGUCGAACUGUUCGCGAAGCAAACACCUCUCACCUGCCGCAACUUCCUUCAACUGGCACUCGACGGCUACUACGACAACACUAUCUUCCACAGACUUGUACCGGGCUUCAUCUUGCAGGGCGGCGACCCGACAGGAACCGGCAAUGGCGGCGAGUCGAUCUACGACGGAGGCGCGUUCGGCGGCGAGCUGGAUCCUUGGCCAAUGGACGAGCGCCGUGGCCAUAACGCGGGCCCGACGGGCAUUGGCUUCAAGGACGAGUUCCACUCGCGAUUGAAAUGGAAUCGGCGCGGGCAACUGGGAAUGGCGAACGAGAGCAAACCCGAUACGAACGGCAGCCAAUUCUUUUUCACGCUCGACAAGGCCGACGAGCUAAACAACAAGAACACGCUGUUUGGACGAGUGGCUGGCGACACGAUCUACAACCUGGCGAAGAUGGGCGAGGCCGAAGUCACCCCAGGCACCGACCGGCCGACGUACCCUGUCAAGAUUACGAGCAUCGAGAUUCUCGUCAACCCGUUCGACGAUAUGGUGAAGAGAUCGAGAGUUGCGGCCCAGGCCCCGAAGCCAGUCGUCGUCGAGAAGAAAAAGAAGAGGAAGGGUGGUAAGCAGCUGCUGAGCUUCGGAGACGACGAGGGUGACGGUGAGGUGAUGCCAGUCUUGAAGAAGAAAAAGUACGACACGAGAAUAGUGAUGGACGUCGACGAGGACGAGCCGGUUGAGAAAAAGCCGCCAAGGUCCAAGGCGAAAUCCAAGGCAGAGGUGGGCAAAGUCGAAGCCCCGAACCCCUUACGUCGAUCCGAAUCCGAGUCUGCCGAAGAGGAGAAGAUGGCACCAUCGAAGGAAGUGGCGCCACACGGGGGGGAGACCGACAUUCCUAUCCGGCUCCAAGACUCUCCCUCGCCCUCGCCCGAAAUCCGGAACACCAAGUCCGCUCUCGAAAAAACAAACGAAGAGAUUGCUGCACUCAAGGCCUCGAUGAAGCGGAGCUAUCAGCCCGAACCGGUCAAGGAGACGAAGAAGUCGGCACUUGAAAGCAUGAUUCCGGAAACAUCAAUUCGGGGCAGGAGGAGAAGGCCCGGCGGCAAAGCAAACACCAGCGACGAUCAACAAGCACUUGACUUUUUGAAGGCGUUCAAAUCAAAACUGGAGCAUGUUCCGGAGGAGAAAAGCAACGGACCUGGCUCCGUUGCCGAGGACGCCAUCGUCAGGGACAAAGCUGGGGACGAAGAGGCAGAACUCUGUGAUCUGCACUUUAUUGCCGAUUGCCAGAGUUGCAAGGCGUGGGACCAGGCUGCCAAGGAAGAUAGCGACGACGAAGGGUGGAUGUCACACGCGCUCAGCUUCAAAGCGGACAAGCUGGGCAAGGAUCUCAGUUAUCGCAAGAAGGCGGAGGAGGAGUUGGUCGUGAUUGAUCCUAGAGAAAAGGCGCGGACGCUACAGGAGGAGAAAAAGGCAUCGCGAGAGGCCCGGAGCGGAAACUCCGGGCGGGAAUGGGAUCAGGCACGAAACUCCAAGAUGGCGCGAGCUUCGGCUCUUGCGGGCAGAGGAGCCAGGUAG